GUGCUCAAUCUGCCACAGUUAUUCUAUUAUGGGGGUUUCUAGAAUCUACGGUCGGGUUUUAAAAUUCUGAAAGGUUCUACUGGGUCCCUCAGAGCAGUUCUCAACUGUUGAUGUGUUUUCAGAAUCCUUCAUUUUCAUUUUAAAAUUAAACCUAAAACCAACUUCUAAAAAACUCUAGCAAACCUCUUCACGUUCUACAUGCUGUGCUGGCGUGUGUGUGGCAUGUCCAGCUCGGCCCGUGUGUACCUGAGCUGCUUGGCGCUGGUGGACACGUGGUACCUGUUGUGUGUGACGCUGCUGGACCUGAGCCUGGCAUUCCUGCAGCCGCAGCCCUUCUGGCACACUCCGAUGUGGUGUGGAGUCAUCACCUUUCUGCAGUUCGGGACCUUCUACGCCUCGGCCUGGCUCGUUGUGGCCUUCACCAUUGAGCGCUACAUAGUGUUCAGAGUGAUGAUGAGCCGACAGCGCCAUCUGCAGGUCAGACACGCCCUUCUUACCUGCAUCACCAUUGUCUUGCUAUCACACAUGGCUUCAGUUCCUCUCAGCUGGAUCAACAGUGCAGUGCAGGUGAAUCGGACUCUGAAUGGACAGACCGUAACGGUUCCGCGCUGUCUUUAUCGAGACGCCUUCUACUCCACGGUGGUGGUUUGGAUCACGUCCUUCCUGUCCAGCGGAGUUCCGAUCCUGCUCGUCAUCAUCUUCAACUCUCUGAUCGCGUACCAGCUGCUUGGCUCCGGUCGUCUCUUCACUAAAGAGGAGCGCCGGACGAUCCGGGCAUCUCGGACACGGGGUUCGGCCCACAGGACGCUGCUGCUGCUUGGGAUCGUCUCGGUGGCGUUCGUGGUUCUCAGUCUACCGCGAUUCGUCACUUACUGCAUCCUGCGCACUGAACACAACCAUAAAGACUUCAACCGAGAUGACUACACAAUCACCAUCAACAUCAUGGGAGAUGUGGCCAACAUGCUGCACAACCUCAACUCCGCCACCAACUUCCUGCUGUACUGUGGAGUGAGUCGCAGGUUCCGGCACGAGAUCGUCAACACCUUUCACUGCCGAGUCCGGGCCAUAGAAGUUGGAUCCUUCUUCACUCAAACAACUAUGAAGGUCUUCUCUGUGGCUGAGCGCAAAGAAACAGCAGGACGAGACCCCGUCUCCAUCGUCCUCACCAAACUGAGACGAUUGGAGACUCCGAAACAAGCAGCAGGAACUCAGGCGGGUCUGCAGCGAUCUGGACCCUGAACCCUGAGACACUUCUGAAAGUGAUUUUAUAUGCACCAGCUCUUGCAUGAAGGAAAUGGAGAAAUAAAACAAACUCAUAAUUCUGAAAAUCCUGAAACUUCAGCUUCUGAUACUUCUGAAACAACUGCUCCUAAAACUCUUGCUCCUGAAUUUCCUGAAACUCCUGUUAAUGAAACUUCUGAAUUUCCUAAACCCCCUGAAGCUUCUUGUCCUGUUCAAUAAAACCUGAUCAUUAUUAGAGAAUUAA